AUGUCGGUCUUCCGCUCCUCGCUGGCAGCUCUCGCCAUCGCGGCUCAGGCCGUCGUAGGCGCGCCCGCGACCACCCAGGGCUCAGUUUUCUCGACUACGUGCCAGGGAAAAUCGUACACUUACAAUGAGCUUGCCGGGUACGGAUCUGUGCCCAGCGAUGCUCUGGAUAAGUACGGCGAGACCAUCAGCAUGGGCUCCUCGAUCGCCAUGGCCUCUUGGACCAAGCAGGGCUCCCAGUAUAAGGGACUGCUCUAUGCUCUCCCAGACAGAGGAUAUAAUACAGGUGGUACUCUCAAUUUCCAGCCUCGGGUCCAUAAGUUUGAAGUCACGUUGACACCCGCGUCGGGAGCAACGGUUGCCAACCCUGCAUCGCCAAACCUUGCCUUUGAGUACAAGGACUCGAUUCUCCUCACCAGCCCCGAUGGCCAGCCCUUGACUGGCCUGGAUGCUGACCAAACCGGCGGUCUUCAAUACACCGGCUUCCCUAUCGUUCCAGCCGCCACGUACCCAGGUGACGGGUUUGGCGGUGCCGGCCCAGGCGGCAAGCGUGCCACACUUGAUGCCGAAGCCUUGGUUCUCGCCGAGGACGGAGGUUUCUGGAUCAGUGACGAGUAUGGUCCUUAUAUUUACAAGUUCGAUAGCAGUGGCAAGAUGAUUUCUGCCACUGCUCCACCUGAUGCCCUGCUCCCUCUCCGAAACGGUGUUGUGAGCUUCGCCUCUAACAAUCCCCCAAUUUAUGAUCUGACCAAAUCACCUUCGCCCGCCAACCCAACCCAAGGCCGCCAGAACAACCAGGGCUUUGAAGGAAUGACGGUCAGCCCAGAUGGUAAGAGCCUCUGGGUCCUCAUUCAAUCUGCAGCGCGCCAGGAGGGCGGAUCCAGCUCCAGCACGCGCGAUCACUGUCGACUGCUCCAGUACCGGAUCAAGGAUUGCAAGCACACUCAGCGUCUCGUGUACAAGGCUGAAUAUGUUGUGCCCCUGCCAAAGUUCAAGGACGCCACUGGGAAACAGCUUGUUGCCGCUCAGUCCGAGCUGCAUUUCAUCUCCGACACGCAGUUCUUUUUCCUUCCUAGAGACUCGGGCAACGGGCACGGUCUGUCCAGUUCCACGUCGAUCUACCGCCAUGUCGACAUUUUCGACAUCUCUGCUGCUACAAACGUCAAGGGUACCACCCAUGACAGCUUUAAUACCUCCAUCGCCAGCUCAGCCGGCGUUCUCAAUGCGGACAUUACCCAAGCUACCGUCUGCCCCUUCAUCGACUUCAACAACAACGACCAGCUCAACCGAUUCGGCCUGCACAAUGGAGGCGCCCAGGACAGCUCUCUGCUGAACGAGAAGUGGGAAGGUCUCGCUCUGGUCCCUGUGGACGGCGGGGCCAGCGCUGACAGCAAUGACGAAUAUUUCCUCUUUGCGUCGUCGGACAACGACUUCAUCAGCCAGAAUGGUGUCACCAACUUUGGAAAGUUUCAUUUCGCGGAUCCCUCGGGCUAUAAUGUUGAUAACCAGAUGUUGGUUUUCAAGCUUACCCUCCCGAAGGGAAGCCAGCCUCUGGUGAAAUAA